CAGCAUUGCCCUCCAUCAAAGGUAUCGGUGGUCGUUUCACCAACAUUGUCUACAAGAAAGCCGAUGUCGACAUGAACAAGAGGGCUGGCGAACUUUCUGCUGCUAAGAUUGAUAACCUGAUGGUGAUUGUUUCAAACCCUCGGCAGUUCAAAAUCCAUCACUGGUUCCUGAAUAGGAAAAAGGAUUAUAAGGAUGGAAAGUAUUCUCUGGUGACAUCCAAUGCACUGGACAUGAAACUGAGGGAUGAUCUUGAGCGAUUGAAGAAGAUCAGGAACCACCGUGGUCUUCGUCACUAUUGGGGUCUUCGAGUGCCAGCAUUGCCCUCCAUCAAAGGUAUCGGUGGUCGUUUCACCAACAUUGUCUACAAGAAAGCCGAUGUCGACAUGAACAAGAGGGCUGGCGAACUUUCUGCUGCUAAGAUUGAUAACCUGAUGGUGAUUGUUUCAAACCCUCGGCAGUUCAAAAUCCAUCACUGGUUCCUGAAUAGGAAAAAGGAUUAUAAGGAUGGAAAGUAUUCUCUGGUGACAUCCAAUGCACUGGACAUGAAACUGAGGGAUGAUCUUGAGCGAUUGAAGAAGAUCAGGAACCACCGUGGUCUUCGUCACUAUUGGGGUCUUCGAGUGCGUGGAUAG